ACGGCCUCUGGCCCGAGCGCAGGGCGGGACCCGGGCGCAGCCUCGCGCGGUGGGCAGCCUCGCGCGGCCGGGUCCGCGCCUUCCGAUGGCGGCCAAGGUGUGCGCUUGGGCAACGUGGGCGGAGUGGAGCGCCGUCCACCGCCAGCUCGCGUCCCCGCUCGGUUCCGAGAGGGGCGCGGGCGUGCGGCGGGUGCAGACGUGGAGAACCCGGGGCAAGCUCCCGGUCGCGGUCGAUCUAACAGGCUCGUUCGUGGAGAUCAUGCUCAACGACCCGGCCCAAAAUCCAGGCACCACGUCGCCGCGGAGCGAGCACGAGCUGCAGCUGCUCUACAGCAUGGCGGUCGUGCGGCUGGUGAACGGCAUCGUCGACCCCGCGCAGAAGAAGGCGAGGGCGGGUAGCAUCGCGAUGCUGGCUCAGGAGCUGGAUUGGCCGCAGUGGUUCGUGGACCUGCGCCACGAGGCGACGCACCAGCGGCUGCCCUCGCUGCACCUGCUGCGGCUGGCGGCGCGGGAGGCGACCUGGCUGCUGCUGGAGAGGUACUGGAGACCACAGCAGGCCCUGGUCGAGCGGCGUGGCCGCCCAGCCCGCGUCGACGCUGCGGGGCGGUCGGUGACGCCGCUUCGCGACGGGCGCUUCCUCAGCCGCCGGCUGCGGCACCUGUGCCAGGCCGCAGCCCGCAGGCGCGGCGUUGCCCCGGGCGCCGGGGGCGAGGCCGGUGGAGAAGAGCUCGCCGAAACCGGUUCUUUUUCCCCUUCAUUUUCGCUUUCUCGGGGCUUCCAGGAGGCGCCCCCCUCGUCGCCACGGCCGGGUCCGUCUCGCAGCGGGCAUCGGCGUGUCUCUCUCUCUAUCUCUCUCUCUCUCUAUUUCUCUCCUGCGCCCCCAACUCACCAGGGCCAUACCAGCGGGGAGGCCGACGUGGCCGAAGGCCAAGCCGCCAUCGCCGCCCAGGCGCGGUCGCCAGCGGUCGCGGCGGUGGCCGAGGGCUCGGCGGCGCGCGAAGCCCGUGAGCUGCUGGCGCUGUGCCCAGACGAGGGCAGGCUGCUGGGGCAGCUCUCGGGGACGCUGCUGGCGGGGCAGCCGCGGGCGGACGGCCGGGAGGCGCGUGCAGUUCACGCGCUCCUGGCGGCAGGCUCCGACAACCUGGCGCCAAGGCUCGCGCGCCACGUGGUGUGCCAGGCGCUGGGGUGGAGGAGCCCGGUCCCCGAGCCCGCGCCGGACAAUAGCCCGAGUCUCAGGAAUAUCUGCGACGGCUGCGUCGGCGAAGAGCACUCGGCGGCGGCAUCCUGCGCCGACGUGGGCGCGGUAGAGGAGGAGGACGCCGACCGCAUGCUACGGUGGUUGGAGGCGCUCCUGGCACGCGACCGUGAGGGCGCCAGCCCCAGCAGCUUUACGGCCUCCGUGGCCGAGCUGGCACCACUAAUGCGGCAGGCGGCGCUUGGGCGCAUCGCCGCGGCUGCCGCCGCCGCCCCCGCCCGCUCGGGGGCACUGACGGCGCGCGCGGCAAGGGUGUGGCAGGUGAUCGGCGAGGCGGGGUUGGAUUCGGGGGCGGAGUGCUUCGCGUCGCUGUGCUGCGGCGAGCCGUCAGGUGGGCUGGCAGCCCCCACCCUAGAGGACGCCGAGGGCCUCCCGCAGGCCCUCAAGAGGCGGAGGCUGGGGCGCGCCGGCGCGUCCGCCGCUCCGUGGACAGCGGUGGGCACCGUCCUGGACCCCAACACCCUCGAGAUCCGGUGCCGGCCCGAGAGAGGCGCCGCGUCGGCGUUCUUGGACGAGGCGGCGCGCUGCUGGCAGCGCUGGGCCGAUCAGGUGGGCGCGGAGGGUGCCCCCGCUCAGGGCCCAGAAGAGGCCCCCACCGCCUCGGGGCCCACUGGCGCGCCUCCGCGGGCAGUCGUGCCCAUCGCCAAGAAGAAGGCCACGGCGCCGCCGCCAGCGAAGGCCGCCGAGGGAGCGGACGAGGACUGCGCAGGGGCGGCGCCCGGGGGGCUGGGGCAUGCGGCGCUAGGGGCCGCGGGCGAGGAGGCGGAGUUCCGCAGCCGCGCCGCCGCACUGCUCGAGGCUGCGGGGCUGCCCGCCAGCCAGGGCUGAGCGGGCCCGCGGCCGAGCCGGGCAGAGCAGCCACGACUGGGGCAGCAGUGUUGCAGUUGGUCGGCGAGGACCGCAGCAAGGGGGGAAGGAGGGCAGGCGAGGUGCGCCAGGCGAGGUAA